UGUGUAUCCCGAUGACGGAAAGUACAGUGCAUAUUACAUCGAAUUUGCUGGAAACGGAAGGUACGCCAUGAAGACACGCGUGAACGGCAACGAGACGAGGGAAGCCUGCUGUACAUCUUGUUCAGGAAGCUCCAUUACGCCCCGUAGGUUGUUGACGUUACCUUCUGGGCAUUGCAAACCGGGCUCUGAUUAUGACAUAAGCUGCUUUCCAACCAGCAACGAAGAUUUUAAGCCGGACCCGCCACCACAAGGGAAGCCCAUCGGCCCUUUCCAGAGGGAGGUCGAUGGAGGAUCACUCCAUGUCACAGGCAACCUGCACAAACACAUGGUGCCUCCAAUGACUGUCAGGGACCUAUAUGUUUCUGAUGCGAGACCAGGAAAAAAUGGCACCCUUCUGGCGAACUUGACCUGGACAUGGCCAGGGAAGCACAUGGACCAUGGAACUGCGUCGUCAAUUGAUAUCCGAGCGAGCAAAGACUUCAAAAGCCUGGACGACCACUUCGAGUCCCAAGUGCAGAUCGACUCAAUGAGCUUGGUUCAGGGCGACUUGAUACCUAGGCCGGGAGGAACCACUCACGUUGUAACGAUCUCGCUUACACAUGAAUGGGCAGAGGAAAGAGAAAAUUUCACAAUGUGGAGAGUGAAGUUUGCUCUUAGAGUGAACAAUAGCUACGGCCGGAUGUCUGGGUUAUCAAACAUAGCGCAGUUGGCCUACGACGAUUGGUCGAAAACUGAAGCUGGCUACCAUGGCACCAAGCACACCUCAAAGAUUCCAGAAGGCCUGCCGGCCAGGCCCACGACAGCUGGGAAAAGCAGCCCGAAAUCCACACAAGGCAACUCCGCCGACGAUGAAAACAAUGACGACAAAUCAUCUACGUCACUAAUUCCAUGGCUCCUGGCUCUUCUUGCGGCAGCAGUAGUGGUGGGCUCUGCUGUGCUCUGGAUUCUCAAAAGAAGCAAGGUUGGAAGUGAUUCUCGAGUUGGCGAAAAGGGUGUUACAGAACUGGCUGAGACAACAAGUGCGCCACCGUGA